ACCAAAAAAGAGCAUUUUCAUUGGCUGCUCACUGCAGCGUGCCGAAUUUCAACGGGAGAUCCCAGCGUUCGGUUUCAUUUUUUUUCUGCCUAUUAUUUUUUUUUUUGUUGUCAACAGUUUUACCAAUUUUUCAUUACCGAUGGCAGAUGACAAAACAGUAGCUGGCAUUGUGACGGUUGGAGAAGAACGGUGGAUUCCUGGUUCACGACGUGCGGAUGGAAGCUAUCGAAAGGAGCAGAAAGUGAGACCGGGAUUCACCCCGGCUGAAGAUGUCAUUCGCUAUAGCAAUUCGCGCAUUGCUAGACCGGCCGAGACAAAGAGUCAGUAUCCGCCUGGUUACAACCCCAAAAAGAAAGCCACACCAGCUUCGACGCCCAAGACACCCAAGACACCCAAAAAGGAGCCUGAACCAAAAUCCACCAACGUAGCUGUGGAUGGAGGUUCCACAAAGUCACCGGAAGAGAAGAAAAUCAAAGCUCUGCAAAAGAAAUUGAGAGAAAUUACCGAGUUGGAACAAAAGCGAAUCAAGGGCGAGGAAUUGAAUGCAGCUCAGUUGGAGAAGAUGAAAAAGGGGAAAUCUGUCAGAGAAGAACUGGCGAAAUUGACACAAAACGGGGACGCAUGAUAGACAAAAGACGCUGGAUAUUUUAUUAGAUACAAUUUUGCAUGGUUUUUUUUUUUUUUGGUUUUCUUGAUCAUUAAAACAACAGUUUUCCAACAGAGAGAAAGG